CCAACAAGUUGCGGUAGAAGUGCUCCGUGCGGAGAUGGGGCGGGUUUGUCCGCCGCGCGAGUGAGCGGCGCUGAGGGAGAUCCGUGAGGGACUGUCAGUCGGGACAGUGGGCUGCCCUCGGGUGAGGAGCCCCGCCUGAGCCGGGGCUCCGGCGCUCGGAGGCGGUAAGAUCGUCCGGAGCCUGCUCGGUGUGUGUGUCCGUGUGCCCCCGGUUAAUGGUUUCCUGCAAGUUUAACGUGGAGCGAGGAGAGGCCGAGGAAGACCACAGGGGUUGCGGAGGGAUUAGGAAGGCAGAGGUUGAUUGAGUGAAUAGAAGAAAAAAAAAAAAAAAAAAAAAAAACGAAGCUACUUUCAAGUAUUGAAGAUACAAAGCCAGGAUGAACACGAAGGACGGAAAAGUGUCUGAAGGAGGUCUCAAUGUCACUCUUACCAUACGCCUUCUCAUGCAUGGCAAGGAGGUUGGAAGCAUUAUCGGAAAGAAAGGUGAGACGGUGAAGAAGAUGAGGGAGGAGAGUGGUGCUCGAAUCAAUAUUUCAGAAGGCACUUGUCCAGAGAGAAUUGUGACAAUAACAGGCCCAACAGAUGCAAUUUUUAAAGCUUUCUCUAUGAUUGCACUAAAAUUUGAAGAGGACAUCAACGCUUCGAUGACGAACAGCUCGGUGGCAAGCAAACCGCCCGUAACGCUGCGGCUCGUCGUCCCAGCAAGUCAGUGUGGAUCCCUCAUAGGAAAAGGAGGUUCCAAAAUCAAAGAAAUCCGGGAGUCCACAGGAGCCCAGGUGCAGGUGGCAGGGGACAUGCUGCCCAACUCGACGGAGCGCGCGGUGACCAUAUCCGGCACUCCCGAUGCUAUCAUCCAGUGUGUGAAGCAGAUCUGCGUGGUGAUGCUGGAGUCCCCACCCAAAGGUGCCACCAUCCCCUACCGUCCCAAACCUGCCUCUGCACCUAUCAUUUUUGCAGGUGGCCAGGUAAGAGCAGACACCAUUUUGGCUUCAGCUGGAAACCACACCGUCCUGGCCCAGCCUCAGCCAGCGCCUGCGUUCACGAUUCAGGGGCAGUAUGCCAUCCCUCAUCCAGACGUGAGUCCAGCACAUUUGACCAAGCUUCACCAGUUGGCUAUGCAGCAUCCCCCCUUUACUCCCCUUGGGCAGACCACCCCUGGUUUCCCUGGACUGGAUGCCACUACUCCAACCAGUUCCCAUGAACUUACUAUUCCCAAUGAUUUAAUAGGCUGCAUUAUUGGCAGACAAGGCAGUAAGAUAAAUGAAAUCAGGCAGAUGUCAGGAGCGCAGAUCAAGAUUGCUAAUGCCACAGAAGGCUCCGCAGAACGACAAGUUACAAUCACAGGAUCCCCUGCAAACAUCAGCUUAGCACAGUACCUCAUUAAUGCAAGCUUAGAGAUGGCUAAAGUCAGCACCCAGACCGCUUCCGUCACGACCCCUGUUGACCUCAACAUGAACCUCUCUCAGUCUGCCACCCCUACCUCCACCCCCACCUCCAUGGCCGUGCUGGCGGCCGCCUCCGCCGCUACCGUCAGUACCCCCCCUCCCCUACCAACUCUGCCAACCACCCACUAUGCCGUUCCUGUCUCCAGUCUGCUUGGCAUGAAAACUGUCCCACUCCUGGCACUAAAUGCCGCGGCCGCCGCGGGGGCCACGGGGAGUUUGUCCGCUUACACUGCCAAAAUUCCUUCGACGAGCGGGGUUAAGAAAUCUGACCGCCAGAAGUUUGCUCCAUAUUGAAGGGAUGAGACACAAUGCAAGCUUUGCCAGCUCUGCCAAGAGUCUGUGGUAGAUCCUAGUUAUCAAGGAAACAAUACGGCAUCUUUUAUUUUCUGUUCGAUUGCUAGUGUUAACUGUUGCCGACUCAAGUCGUCUUCCGCUCUCCAUAACACCUAACACCAGGCACCACCUUACCAACUAGUUCCAACAGCCAGCAGGUGCCAGCCCGGGCUCCUGCUCCCCGGACACCGUCCCUCCGACGGGGCUGCGCCCAGGGCUGGCCCUCGGCAGCCCCACAGCGAGGCAGGGCUGCCCGCAGCCAGCAAGGGAGAUAGAGCGAAGGGAAGGGAAAAAACGUCAAUGAGGCAAAACGGUGACAGCCAGGUCCUGCUCCGGCAAUGCUGCCUGGCAUAAAAAUACACUUAGAUCCAUUGCAGAACAAUUCCUUAUGGAAAACUGGCAUCUCUGAUGCAUUUUUCUAUUGCUAGAACAUGCAAAUCCGGCACUUCUGAUGAUCACUAGUGCCCCUGCAAUGCCUUGUGAAGUGCUGCCGGUCCCCUAAGUCAUUCUGCUGCUCCCAAAAGGCCUGGAGACCCCCAUUCCCCAUCCCAAAAUCCGCCUACGAGCAGGAGAUGGC